AUGUUCCGAUUAUUUCUUGCACUAAGCUUCGUUUUUAUCCUGGGUACCUUUGUAGUCUCAAAGAACCAAUCGGGUUCGAAGAAUGGAACACAGCAAAGUCAGUGUGGAAAGUCUGUUUCGAAGUACAGUUGUUCCUGCCGCGACGGUAGAGACGGCAGAGAUGGUCAAAACGGAAAAGAUGGCCGAGAUGGACGCGACGGGAAAAUGGGAACAAAGGGUGAGAAAGGAGAAGAUGGUCUCUGUAAAGAAAGUGGAGGAAAACAUGGGGAUAAAGGAGAACGAGGACCGAAGGGAAACGACGGAAUGAACGGCUUAAAGGGUCAAAAAGGCGAAUCCGGUCCGGCUGGUAAAUCACCUCAAGGUGCCGUCAAGUUUGGUGACACUGCUGAGAAAUGUACUCUGCGAACUGCUGGCACCGUUCGUUACAAUGUCUCCCAAAAAGCCUUGCAACUCUGCGAUGGAAGUGCUUGGUGGUCUUUGUUGACUGGAGGGAAAGGUCACGUGGCCGAUAGACCUGGCCGUCACUGUAUGGAUAUCCUAAAAACAGGUGGCAGUCGUGGUAGCGGACUUUACUGGAUUGAUCCAAACGAAAACUCGACAGGUGACUCGUUCCAGGCUUUUUGCGACAUGGAGACUGAGAGUGGAGGUUGGACACUAGUAGCCACAAAGGUGUCCCCAAGCUUCCUCUUUAUCAAAACAGCAUUUUCAGCAUCAGCAGCAAAAACCACAGACGCCGAUGCAGCGAGUCACAUUCAUCCUGACAUGGGGGACUGGGAGGAGGUCAUGUUCCGGUUCAGUGACGUCAGUACCAUCCGGGUUAUUUACAACAGGAAGGCGGGCGCUCCAAAUAAGGACAAAACAAAUUUUGACAAGUUCUUGAUGGGGACGACUUACAAAACGCUUAAGAACAUCCACGGAUUUUACAAGUACAGUCCGGCAGAUCACAAUAGGAGAAAUCCGUCUUCUGGUUUUGCCACAAUAUCUAGGCUGCACUACUAUUCAAAUUACGGAAUAGCUGAAGGUUUUGGAGCCAGAGACAAGUGGAUUACCAUGUGGAGUGGUCCUGACAAGAUUAUUAACAACUACGUCACUUCCGACGACAGCCGCGCGCGUGGUACCAAGUGUAUCGCAGGCUACUGUUAUCUGAACAAACCAAUCUGGGUGAUGGUGCGAUAG